AAUUAAAAAGGGGCUCUCAAUUGGUGCAAACUAGCUAUGUUUUUCAGGCCACUGUACGGGGUGUCGGCGCUGGUUUGAAACGCGAAUGCAGGUAUGCGCAAGAUAGCAUGGUGGUAGCCCUGGCGGACAUGGCGACCGUCGGCGCAGAGACGGCAAUGACAGCGCACGCCAGGUAUCGUUGGUUUAAGACCAGGCAUCACUCAUUCUCCGGUUCAGGAGAAACCAAGAUGCAAGAAAGACACCUUAGCCAGUGUGAACUAUCGCUGCACACCCAAAAGCGGCACCAAAGAAUGGACCAGGGUUAUCUGGAGAACGCCAUUGAAGAGACACGCCAGAUUGGCAAUAAGCGCGCGAUGGGCUCCCAACGCGAUCGUCAAAUCAGCACGCGUAAAGGGCUUUUCAUCACAAUCCACGCCAAGCUCCCGCGGAUGAGAGCUGAAGGGAAACGUGGCUUGUUCAGGACGGACGGCAUCAAUUCAUCGGAUGUCUGAUCUCCCGGUCCUGCCAGGAGAUUAAACCCAGAACAAGUAUAGAAGCGAAGCGGAUUAUCCCAACUCCUUUUUUUAGGAGAGAUGAAAAUAGGAGUAGCUCCAUUGUUAUAUCAGGGUCAUUAUUGAAGCCCGAGGGCGAGAUUAUUAGCAGCAAACACUAGUUAGUACGUACUUACUUACUCCCCUAGCAAUUGGACGUUUAAUGAAAGCAUCACGAUGGG